AUGUAUCCAAUGAUGCUCAAUCGCCUCUCGGACGGUCCGGCCACGGUUCUCUCUCCUCCCCAGGAACACGCCUUCGCUCAGUUCUCCUCUCAGUCCUCUUUACGCGACUCCCCAGGAAGCUUCAACGGCUAUCCGGAAACUCCAAACACUGUGUUUUCCAAAAACAUCUCUGCGCAGCCUAUUCCCUCGAGCUCCAGUUUCUCGUCUGCCCCCGCGGUUCCCAAGCCCUCCCGCAAAAGAUCGCGCGAUGAGUCCACUUUUGAAGAGGCCGUUGCUCCCAGCGCACCUCCGGUGCCAGCACCCAAAGUCCAGCCUAUCUAUGGGGAAGGCAUGGUUCUUCUAAACUCACAGACUGGUCUUGCAAUCUCGGCCGAAAGCCAGACCGGCACAUGGUACGAACAAGAAGCCGAGGCGCAACAGGCUGCUGCUGCGCCUGUUUCCUCGCGGUCAAACGCGCUGCUUUCUGAUGCUACCGAUGUAAGCCGCAAGUCUCAGCGUCUUGAUAAAUCUGCACCAGGUCUGGACGAUAUUGCGUUGUCCUCAAUCCGCCAACGUCUGGACCAUUCUAGCUCCAACGAUCAGCAUCGCACUCUCAAUGCGGGGCCUGCUCCGCCCGCAGAGCCUCUUGUAGAUGAUGCCACCCGUCUUCUAGGAAUUGGUUGGCAACGUGUCAACACCGACGGAGACAUGGCUCCUGCUGUUCGUGGCUGGACCAAGUAUAUCAACAAUCAAUACUCAGCCCACCUGCACGAUUCUCAAAUGCUUCUCAAAAGCCGCGCUCUGAAUGCCUAUCUUGUGACUGCCACUCCAACUUCUGGACACUCGCCUGCCUUUUAUCUCUUCACCGAAGACCUCACCCAAGGCCAGCUCGUUGCUUCCUCCUGGGAAGCAUGUCUCCAAAACCUUCGUAGCUCUCCCAUUAUAUUCGAGGGCGCUGCUCCCCUCGGAGCUAACGACCGACCAAAUGCACAGCCCAUCCCCUUCAACUCCAUGGACACGGGCGUGCCACUUCUCCAACAAGCCAUGUCCAACCACCCUCAAACUUCGAGCCUCGGCGAACUGAGCGGAGGCGCGGAAAUGGGAAUGGAGAUCGACUCGUAA